AUGGAAUUCACAUUAGAAAUUUUUCUUGUUGCUUUUAUCUUGUUGGUGGCAUUGGCAUUUUACUAUGAACAUCCAAAGGCUGAAAUCCCUCGGGAAGUGGAUCAGCACAGAAAGCUUUACAUACUUCAUUACAUCGUGAACUUUAUAUUUGGUCUGGGAAGAAUUUUUGAGAAACUGGGCAUCUGUAAGGAGGUUUACUUUAUCAGGACCCUCUUGCAUGGAAUACCACCAUGGAAUGAUGCUAAUCUCUUCAUCAAGGACUUGAAGUUUGCAAAGGUGUCAGUGAGGGUUUACCAUCCGAAAGUGCCAUCUGCUGGCCAAAGGAGAGGAGUCCUUUACCUUCACGGAGGAAUUGGCCAGAUUGGAAGCAUAGGCAUGUAUGAAAGAGUAUGCCGUUUUAUUGCCAGGAGAAGUGACUCAGUGGUUGUGUGUGUUGGGUAUCGUUUGGCUCCUGAGCACCCAUAUCCAACCCAGUUCUGGGACUGUCUCACUGCCACGGUACACUUUAUGACAACAGCAGAAGACUAUGGGGUGGAUCCCACUCGUAUCAUCAUCUGUGGAGACAGCAGUGGAGGCACACUCGCUGCUGCUGUUUGCCAAACCCUGGUGGGUAGAACAGACCUCCCAAAGGCACGAGCCCAGAUCAUACUCUAUCCAUUUCUCCAAGCUGUGGACUUUAAUUUGCCUUCAUAUCAGCAAAACGGUUCAGUUCCCCUCUUGUUAAAGAAACGGACCCUCACACUUGGAAUGCAGUAUCUCAAUAAGGAUGUGUCACUGAUGAAAGGUAUCCUAGAAGGUUCCCAUGUGCCUGAGGAUUUGAAACUGAAGUUUAGCAAAUGGCUGAGUCCAGACAAUAUCCCCAUGGAAUUUAAGAUCAGAGGCUACAAACCACCUGCAUCUGCUACAUAUUCAAAAGAACUUCACACUUUGGCCAAACCAGUUUUUGAGACAACCUUUUCCCCACUCUUAGCUGAAGAUGCCAUUGUUCGCCAGCUCCCAGAGACUUUCAUCUUGACCUGUGAAUAUGAUGUGGUCAGGGAUGAUGGACUGUUGUACAAGAAAAGACUGGAGGACAAUGGCAUUCCAGUGACUUGGUAUCACAUAGAGGAUGGAUUCCAUGGAGUAUUAUUCCUAAUUGACUGUGGGUAUAUUUCAUUUCCAUGUGGAAAGAGAGCAAUGCUCAAUGUAGUAAACUUUAUAAAAGGCUUGUAACCACCGCCCCUCAAAAAACAAAAAUAACCUCCCCCUCUUCAGAGCUGGGAGUCUUGCUUUCCAUUCCCAAAGCAAUACCUCUGAGUGAACACAGAAAUUACAGGAAACUCUCAGAUUUCAAUGAUCUUUGUUCAGCUCUGAAAUACCGGCUAUGGGGCUGCCCCCUCUUUACCCACCUGUGGCUGCUGUUUAUGGCUGCUUGUGAGAAGUGCAGCUAGAGGAGCUUAAGAAUCUCUGUUUCUCUUCCUUCUGCUACUCAGCUGGUCUUCCAGGGAGAGAUUUGUGCAGUGCUGCCCAGGGGAUGGGAGAAAACUCUAGGGCUGGGAAAUUGA